UAGAGCGAACAUACUGCGUCCAGAAGGUGGUGCAAUUGUUGAGAUCCAUUAUUGAUCCUUGUGUGUGCUACAUAAGAAAUACCCUCUGAAAUCGCAGUUGUGUUUGUUUUUUGCACGUUUUCUCUAUUAGAGAGCCUUACAGUUCUAUCACCUGCCAGGUUCGGUUGAGGGAGUCUCAACUCACCUGGUGAGCAGCCACUCAAGCAGCCACCAUUUCAUUUGACGCUCAGCACAGAUCUACUUCUAGUGCAAGAUGCGGCCGGUCGAAGCUGUUGUCGGGUGUGUAUCCUGGAGAGAAAGUGACCCUAGCUCACCCUCAGACGAGCGGCCGCCUUGUCCCCCACCCCACCCCCCUCUGGUACGAGAGUAUGCAAGACAUGAGUGGCUACGUACUGUCCGACACAACCUUGCCGCAAUCGGAUGAACAGCUCGGCUUAACUAUUAGUACAGCACAAACUGAAAAUGACUUUUUCGUUCAAGAUCCUGGACUUCCAUCACCAGAGUUCAUUUUGGGAGACACUGAGGGUGUGAUAAUUGAGGAUUCAGAUAUGUUUGAUAACUCCAAUUUGGAAACACUUCAACCAAAAUCCAUCGAGUGUGAAUUUGAAUCUCCUUUCAGACGAAACUUGUCCAACUACAGUCAAACAAAUCACACUAGAACCAUCAGUAACAUGGGUGAAGAGGAAAGGAACUCUCUACCAAGUAAACUUUCCUCUUUUCAUCCGAGGGUGAAGUUUCCCAACGUUAAUAACAUAAAACCUAAAUAUCUACAAAUAAUAGAUUCAGAAUUACCACUAAUUAAUGAAGAUCCAGAUAUGUACUGUACUGAAAAUAAGAUGAAUUUUGACAUAAACGCUAACGUCAAUGUGUCAGAAAUCGUAAAACAAGAACCGAGUAUCGACCAAGACGAAACAUUCUGUUCAGCUGAUUUUAAAGAUAUGGGUGUGGCCCAAGAAGUAGUUGUUAGAACAGAGGAAGAAGACAAACAUGAAACUAGUUUCAACGUGUUUCCUAUGGAAUCCGUACCAUCUGAUUCUGAGAAUGAUUUAAGUAUCACCGAAGAAAUUCCAAAGAAAGAGGCUGAUGACGGUAUUUACUUUAAACUAGAUCCCCUAAGUUUAGAUUCAGUCAUUGGUGACUUAUUCAACAAUCUUGGCACAACAGACGACGAUAUGUACAAGGAAAUUGGAUAUGAUUAUGGGAUUCCUCCAACAAUUACCCCAGAGGAAAUAAAAGAAGACUAUAUAGCUGCAAAUUCAAUGUCAUUACUGAAGAACCUCUACAUCAAUAAGAGGGUAUCACCAAUAAUAACACCAGAUAAUACUAGCCAUGCACAUGCACAUUUAACUGCAAGUAAAACAUCAGCAAAACCUAUGGCAAAGCCUCCUCUAACCCUGGAUAUCGGAGCUGCUAGAGCUGCCCUGUUGGAUGACAAAGGGAUAUCCGACACCCCUGAACUACUAGAAGCUCUCAAACCUGAAGUUGGCAAAUUUGACCUCAUCAAAUUUAUUACCACCAAUGGUGACCCCAACAACAAUGCUCCUAGUCCAACAGUGGAGACUCAGCCGAAUUUAGGAGCUCCAAGAAAAGGCAAGAGUCACCUAUCACUUACAGACUUGAAACAUGCUCAGGACCCAGCAAGAGGGAGAGCUUUGUCUAGAACAGGGAAUGGAGAUGAGGAAGAAGACAUCACGUCGCUACCAUCCACAUCAGCUGGUUCCCCGGCCAAGCGACCAGCACGCCAGAGCGCCACCAGGUUCAACAAGAUGAUCGAGGAGGGUUUUCUGAGCUCAGUUGUUGACUCACCGCCAGCCUCAUCAGACGAAGAAGAUGAUGAACCAAAACACAAAAGACGGAGAACCACUUCAACAACCUCGAGUAGAAGAAGACUCAAUUCAGACUCUGACCAAUCCAGCGUCAGUGAGGAUGCGAUGAAGUACAGGGAGCGCAGAGACAGGAACAACUUAUCAUCAAAACGGUCAAGGAUGAAGAGAAAAAUGCAUUUAGUUUCUAAGCAGAAAGAACUCAAAAUAUUGGAGGAAAAAAAUGCAAGACUCAGAGAAAAAGUGGAGCAGCUGGAGUCAGUGCUUUCCCGAGUUCAGGUCGUCUGGACUGACCACCUUUCAGGGAUAAAAGACAGUGAUAAAGACCGAGGCGAUGAACACUGACUACAACAUGUGGUGUAAUAUACCUUAGGUACUCUAAAUUUGCAUAAUAUACGUAAAAUUAACAAAUAUAAAAUAUUGUGUUAAUGAUGAUGCAUAUUGCAUUUAUAGUCUGUAUAGCUUGUGUUUGACACAACAAUUACCAAAAUACUCCUUGACAUAAUGUUAUACGUUCCUAUUAUAAUUCAAUUAAUUUCUUUAAGAAACAACAAGCGUAUAUUUAUAUUUUUCAAGGAAGUGAGUGGUGCAUAUUUUUAACUGAAUAUGUAUGAAGGGUGAGUGUAGAAUGGAGUGAGAUGAUCUAUGUAGCUUUGUUAAGGCAAGUUUUUUCUUAACCAGGACCAUUUAUUACGAGCCCGAUUAUGAAGGACAGGUGGGUCCAAUUUCACACAUCAAAAUGCUACUGUUGUUUUUUUUCAGGCUCAAACCAGCGUUGAUUAUACUGUAGUAUAUAUAAUCUGAUGUAGUUAUCUAAGUUGUAAUGUCACUUGCCUAAUUCUGAUAGCACUGUGUAAUCAUGCCAGUAAAUAUUUGUUUAAAUUUUCCACAUUUCAAAAGUUUAAUUUUUUUUAUUCAAUAUUAAACAAUUCACUCCCAUACACAGGUUCACCCAUGUGGGAAUAAUUUUGUUUAUUUUUAGUAAUUAAAAGUCUAAAUUGUAUAAAUAAAGGUUUGUAAUAUGUCCGUUAAUUGUUUAUUUGAAAAAAACAAUAAUGAAUUAAAUAAUCAUAAAAAAAUUAGUGAAGAAAUUAUGAAUUAUUGUUUCUAUUGUUAUCGCCUUAAGUCUUUAUCUGUCUAUUCACCUACUUUAUCUAUAUGUAAGUAGAGCAUAGCGUUUUUGUACAUUUGUGUAGUUUAGGAAGAAUAAACUAUUGAUCUAUGUA